ACUCGCGCUCUCCCUCUGUGUAUAGAGGAUGUGCUGAAUGGUGCGCUUCGAGGCGGCGGCGGAGGAGGAGCAGUACCCGGCGGCGGCUGGCAGCCUCGGCCGCCCGGCUCGGCUUCCCUGUGCCCUCCGAGGCUCCGCAGCCACCGCGGGCGCCCGACCCCGCGUCCCGCCCGGGGCAUGGCCGGGCGCCUGGCCCCCGUGCGCCCCGCCUGCUGAGCCGCGCCGGAGGAGGUGCGGAGGCCGGGAGGCCGGGGGAGGCCGGCGGGGGAGCACAGUCAAGCGCCUCGCGAGCCGAGAAAGGAGCCCCGCGCCCCGCGCCCCGUCCCUGCCGCGCUCGCCCGGGCCGCCCCGAGCCCCGAUGAGCCCAGAUGGCCGGGGCUCAGCCCGGAGUGCACGCUUUGCAACUCAAGCCGGUGUGCGUGUCCGACAGCCUCAAGAAGGGCACCAAAUUCGUCAAGUGGGAUGAUGACUCCACUAUUGUCACUCCAAUUAUUUUGAGGACUGACCCUCAGGGAUUUUUCUUUUACUGGACAGAUCAAAAUAAGGAGACGGAGCUGUUAGAUCUCAGCCUUGUCAAGGAUGCCAGAUGUGGGAAACAUGCCAAAGCUCCCAAGGACCCCAAAUUACGUGAACUUUUGGAUGUGGGGAACAUCGGACGCUUGGAGCAUCGCAUGAUAACGGUGGUGUACGGGCCUGACUUAGUUAACAUCUCCCAUUUGAAUCUCGUGGCUUUCCAAGAGGAAGUGGCCAAGGAAUGGACAAAUGAGGUUUUCAGUUUGGCAACAAACCUGCUGGCCCAAAACAUGUCCAGAGACGCAUUUCUGGAAAAAGCCUAUACGAAGCUGAAGCUGCAAGUCACUCCAGAAGGGCGCAUUCCUCUCAAAAACAUAUACCGCUUGUUCUCAGCAGACCGGAAGCGAGUUGAAACUGCUUUAGAGGCUUGUAGUCUUCCAUCUUCAAGGAAUGAUUCAAUACCUCAAGAAGAUUUCACUCCAGAAGUGUACAGAGUUUUCCUGAACAACCUUUGCCCUCGACCUGAAAUUGAUAACAUCUUUUCUGAAUUUGGUGCCAAAAGCAAACCAUACCUUACGGUUGAUCAGAUGAUGGAUUUUAUCAACCUGAAGCAGCGAGAUCCUCGGCUAAAUGAAAUACUUUACCCACCUUUAAAGCAAGAGCAAGUCCAAGUACUGAUUGAGAAGUAUGAGCCCAACGAUAGCCUUGCCAAAAAAGGACAGAUAUCAGUGGAUGGCUUUAUGCGCUAUCUGAGUGGAGAAGAAAAUGGAGUCGUUUCGCCUGAGAAACUGGAUUUGAAUGAAGAUAUGUCUCAGCCCCUUUCUCACUAUUUCAUCAAUUCCUCACACAACACCUACCUCACAGCUGGCCAGUUGGCUGGAAAUUCCUCUGUUGAGAUGUAUCGCCAAGUGCUCCUGUCUGGUUGUCGCUGUGUGGAGUUGGACUGCUGGAAAGGACGGACUGCAGAAGAGGAACCAGUCAUCACCCAUGGGUUCACCAUGACAACUGAAAUAUCCUUCAAGGAAGUGAUAGAAGCAAUUGCUGAGUGUGCAUUUAAGACGUCACCUUUUCCGAUUCUGCUUUCAUUUGAGAACCACGUAGAUUCCCCAAAGCAGCAAGCCAAGAUGGCAGAGUAUUGCCGACUGAUCUUUGGAGAUGCUCUUCUCAUGGAACCACUGGAAAAAUACCCACUGGAAUCUGGAGUUCCUCUUCCAAGCCCUAUGGAUUUAAUGUACAAAAUUUUGGUGAAAAAUAAGAAGAAAUCGCAUAAGUCAUCAGAAGGAAGUGGCAAAAAGAAGCUCUCAGAACAAGCCUCCAACACGUACAGUGACUCCUCCAGCGUGUUUGAGCCCUCAUCUCCAGGAGCCGGGGAAGCUGAUACUGAGAGUGACGAUGAUGACGAUGAUGACGACUGUAAAAAAUCUUCAAUGGAUGAGGGUACUGCUGGCAGUGAGGCCAUGGCCACAGAAGAGAUGUCUAACCUGGUGAACUAUAUUCAGCCAGUCAAGUUCGAGUCCUUUGAAACUUCAAAAAAAAGAAAUAGAAGUUUUGAAAUGUCUUCCUUCGUGGAAACCAAAGGACUCGAGCAACUGACAAAGUCUCCAGUGGAAUUUGUAGAAUAUAACAAAAUGCAGCUCAGCAGGAUAUAUCCAAAAGGAACCCGUGUGGAUUCAUCCAACUACAUGCCUCAGCUCUUCUGGAAUGCUGGUUGCCAAAUGGUUGCACUUAAUUUUCAAACUGUGGACCUGGCUAUGCAAAUAAAUAUGGGGAUGUAUGAAUACAAUGGGAAAAGUGGCUACAGAUUAAAGCCAGAGUUCAUGAGGAGACCCGACAAGCACUUUGAUCCAUUCACUGAAGGCAUCGUAGAUGGGAUAGUGGCCAACACUUUAUCUGUGAAGAUUAUUUCAGGUCAGUUUCUUUCUGAUAAGAAAGUUGGGACCUAUGUGGAAGUGGAUAUGUUUGGUUUGCCUGUGGACACAAGGAGGAAGGCAUUUAAGACCAAAACAUCACAAGGAAAUGCUGUAAAUCCUGUCUGGGAAGAAGAGCCCAUUGUGUUCAAAAAGGUGGUUCUUCCUUCUCUGGCCUGUUUGAGGAUAGCAGUUUAUGAAGAAGGAGGUAAAUUUAUCGGUCACCGGAUCUUGCCUGUACAGGCAAUUCGGCCAGGCUAUCACUACAUCUGUCUGCGGAAUGAGAGGAACCAGCCUCUGAUGCUCCCAGCUGUCUUUGUCUACAUAGAGGUGAAAGACUAUGUCCCAGAUACAUAUGCAGAUGUGAUUGAAGCUUUGUCAAAUCCAAUACGAUAUGUGAAUCUGAUGGAGCAGAGAGCAAAGCAACUGGCUGCUUUGACACUGGAAGAUGAAGAAGAAGUAAAGAAAGAGGCUGAUCCUGGGGAAACACCAUCAGAAGCUCCAAGUGAAGCCAGGACAACUCCAGCAGAAAACGGAGUGAAUCACACUACAUCCCUGGCACCCAAACCACCCUCCCAGGCUCCCCACAGCCAACCAGCUCCAGGUUCUGUAAAGGCACCUGCCAAAACAGAAGAUCUUAUUCAGAGUGUUUUAACAGAAGUGGAAGCACAGACUAUCGAAGAGCUAAAGCAACAGAAACCGUUUGUGAAACUUCAAAAGAAGCACUACAAAGAAAUGAAAGACCUGGUGAAAAGACACCACAAGAAAACCACUGACCUUAUCAAAGAACACACUACAAAAUAUAAUGAAAUUCAGAAUGACUACUUGAGAAGGAGGGCAGCUUUGGAAAAGACAGCCAAAAAGGAUAGUAAGAAAAAAUCAGAACCCAGCAGUCCUGACCAUGGUUCGUCAACAAUUGAGCAAGAUCUUGCUGCCCUAGAUGCUGAAAUGACCCAAAAGUUAAUAGACUUGAAGGACAAACAACAGCAGCAGCUGCUUAAUCUUCGACAAGAACAGUAUUACAGUGAGAAAUACCAGAAGCGAGAACAUAUUAAACUGCUUAUUCAGAAAUUGACGGAUGUUGCCGAAGAAUGUCAGAACAAUCAGCUGAAGAAGCUCAAAGAAAUCUGUGAGAAGGAGAAGAAGGAAUUAAAGAAGAAAAUGGAUAAAAAAAGGCAGGAGAAGAUCACAGAAGCUAAAUCCAAAGACAAAAGUCAAAUGGAAGAGGAAAAGACAGAGAUGAUCCGGUCAUACAUCCAGGAGGUGGUACAGUACAUCAAGAGGUUAGAAGAGGCACAAAGUAAACGGCAAGAAAAACUUGUAGAGAAACACAAGGAGAUCCGUCAGCAGAUCCUGGAUGAAAAGCCCAAGCUGCAGAUGGAUCUGGAGCAAGAGUACCAAGACAAGUUCAAAAGACUGCCCCUGGAGAUCUUGGAGUUCGUGCAGGAAGCCAUGAAAGGGAAGAUCAGUGAAGACAGCAAUCACAGUUCUGCCCCUCCCUCCCUGGCCUCAGACCCUGGAAAACUGAACCACAGGCCUCCUUCCAGUGAGGAGCUAGAAGGGGACAACCCAGGAAAAGAGUUUGAUACUCCUCUGUGAUUGUUCCUGCCAGGCCUUCAAAAUAUGCAUGGCCACUUCAUCGGACUCUCUCUUACUACAAAGAUCACUGCCCAGGAGCAUCUUCCUGAGAAGCAUCCCUUAGCCUAAAAUCCACACCAAAGGGGGAGUUCUAGACAGAUCCAUACAGACAUCCUCAUGCCCAGGCUCUAUGCGUUAUAUGGACACUACCGCAGGUCUACUUAUGGAGAGUGCAUGUAUGUGGGGCUUUUGUUUUCUUUCCAAUAGUAAAUUCAAAGCAGGCAACUUCCAGGCUCCCUGGGACAUUUAAUGAAGGACAGUGUCUUUUCUGAAGAAAAUCAAGCUCAUGUUUUUAUUUGAAGCUCUGGUGUAAAGUAUUUCAAAGUAAUAGAAAUAGUUUGAGAAAUGCAUAGCACUAUUUAACACUAUUGAACAGUCAACUUAGAGCAUUUGUUUUCCUAACUGCCCCUCAACUACCAUAUCUUCAAGGUAACAUGCAUAUUAAACUGUUCCAUCCUUUGCUUUGCAAGCACUGGCGGCUUGCAGUUUGCUAAUUUAUUUAUCGUAGAGGCAUCAGUGUAUUUGUUGCUGACGUGGCUUUAUUAGAUACCAUAGUGAUUCAAAUAAGUUGGUUUUCUUUCUUGAGAAAAAGUCACUUGAUUGUAUCCUCACCCAGUGAAUCUAUCCCAAGACUUAGUAAUAUGGCUCCUACAUUUGGUUACUUGGGCAAACUGACCACACACUUCCAGACAGUGUGCUUUCUGAGUUGACCAUUUACACUGAAAAAGUCUGGAUAGUCAUUGGUUGUUGGCCUGAAAUUAUUACAUAACUACAAAGAGUCUGUCUGGUUGAAUAAAAAUAGUUGAGCUGAUAUAUGUUGAGCAGAGAUUCAAUCAGACUGAACAGGUUCCAGUGGUUAUUUUGCUGUCUCACAUUUUAUAUGGUUCAUUUAUUUUUACUAUAGAGAUAAAGAUUGAAUAUUUAUCUAGAGAAUACACAAACCCACAUAUAAAUGAUAUAUAUUAUCUCCAUGUAUAUAUGUACACACUCAGCCAUGUAAGUGCAUACACACACACACACACACACACACACAUACACAAGUAUGGCUGUGUGUUUUUUAAUUGGCAAUGACCCAAGUCUCUUCUAUAAGACUUAAAACCAAAUUCAGGGAUAAAUACCUAGAGAAGAAAAUGGUCAAACAUCUGUAUUAUGUCGCUAUUAAAUUAUAUUGAAAUUCUAAGAAACAAUUGAUGGAACCAUUGAUACGAGUGGAGGUAGAUUUAGAACUUAGAAUAUGAAUUUGAUAUAUAUUUUACAGGAUCAAAAACUGGAUUUUAAGUAUCAGAUUUUAAGCUUGUUUUAAUAGAAUAUACAAAAUGUAUAGGGCAGCAAUAUGGAAAUUUAUUAGUAUCUUUCAUAAUUUUUAAGUCUGACGGAUUUCAAUUUUAUUCUAACAUAAAAAAUCUUUCAUUAUAUAUCUACUAUGUACAUUUAACUCACUUAACUAUGUCUUUUGUUAAGUUUCUAUGUUGGGUGGCAUAAGAAAAACAAAUUAUAUUGUGGGAAAACUGAUCAAAAGUAUUAUUGAAAGAACUUAAGAGAGAGUAAUUAUAUAGAAGAAAAUAUAAUCUAGAGAGUAACACAAGAACAUUGAAGUUAAAGCCCUGAAGAAAGAUGCUCACAGCUUUAUUUUACUUUAAAAUAAACCUGUCUGAUUGUAGCUUAGCGAAACAUUCUAAAAUGCAAAAACCAGUUGUGUCCUGAAAAUUGUGUUUCAAGAAUUUAAUAUUUUUAUGCAAAUUAUUUUAUUUAACUUUAAGCAAUAACUAGGGAUCACAAUUAAGUUUUAAUCAAAAUGAAGGCUUAGUUCAAACAUUAGGCAAGAGUGUUUGAUUAAAAAAAACACAUCUAGCAAGACACAGGGGAAAAAAUCCCAUCCUCUUUGGAGAUGAUUAUAUUUUGAUGUGAAAGAUUUGGGGUAUUAAUUAGACACUUAAUAAAACUUAUCUUCCACUGAAAGAGAAUUCUUUUGUAAAGCAUUCUACUUUUGCACUUUGAAAGAAAGGCAUUAAUCGUAAGGAAGCAAGAAAGGGCACAAUUGAAUGCUGCGUUUUUAUAAACAAAAUUACAGACUGUCUAACAUUGCAGAAGAGUGAACUAAUAAUAGCAUUCAUAACCAAACACAAUGAUGAUUAUUACAGAAACUUGUAUCACAGUUUAGGCCAGAGACAGACAAAAGUGGAAAAAAACUUGAGUUAACACAAACUUCUGGUAGUUGGAUUUCAUGAUCUUAGUGACUCGAUAGUCAUUUUGCAAUACAUUUGUAUUUGGCCAUUUACUGUAAUCACGUUUUUAUAUCUGUACAAUGACAGUUUUUGCAGUUGUGGGGUAGUGUGUAACACUGUCCAUCUUGCAUCAUCGAAACUACUACAGCGAUACUAUCAUUUAACAAUAUUAAUAUUACUUGAAAUAGAGUAAGAUAAAGAAAAAGGGUCUAUAUGAUGUGCAGUUUUGUGCCUUUAUGUAUUUGCCUUGUUCUGUGUUGAAUGUGUGAAAUUCUGUACUGUGGUCUUUCCUAUAAUAGAGAGAGCUGUGUAGUAAAUUAGACUGUGCCCCUCUGGUACCUUUACACUACUGAGAAUAGCGUGGUUUUGGCCGUGAAAACCAAUUUUCAAAAUUCUAAUGACAUGCUGCGUGGUUUUGGUUUUCAGCGUUUCAUUUGAACAUUUCAACAUCGCCAUACAUUAAUGAAUACUCCUGUAAUUGAUAAGCAGUCGUUAAAUCCUUCUGAAAGAAAGGGCCAUUGCUUGCAUUACUUUGAAUUUAAUGUUGCGCUUGUGCACUGUAUAAAUAUUGUUUGUGACAGAUUGGACAUUGUGACUUUUGCCUUUUCAGAAGACAAUAAAAUAUAGGACAAAGUAUUUGAAACUCUUAAAGUGUACAUAUUUUGGUUCUUCUAUCUCCAAUUAUUUAAAAUGCAUAAUUCACAUUUUUGUAAUAAUUCUAUGCAAUUUUGUGGCAUGAUGUUUCUUCCACUUGUAAUUUUAUGUGCUUUCAUCACAAAUCCAAAGGAAACAAUAAAAAUUUCUUAACACA